AUGUACCCGAGCCUGGCCCCGGCGCCCGGCCCCGGCCAGGCCGCCUACGCCGACCCGGGCGCCCUGCUGCACGCGCCGGCCGCGGGCCCCGCGGUGCUCCCCGCGCGCGCGCCCCCGGGGCGGCCCUACCUGCCCGCGCGGGGCCCCGGCCCGCGCCCCGCCGCGCUCGCGGCGCCCCCCGGCUGGGCGCCCGCCUUCGGCCCCGGCAGCCCGCACCCCCCCGCCGCCCCGCCGGGCGCCCCCGCCUUCCCCGGCGCGCUGCUCGCCCCGGACCCGCUCCCCGCCGCGCUCGGGCGGCCCGCGGGCGCCCCGUACCCCGCCGCCCGCCCCGCCUACGUGAGCGCCGAGGCGGCCCCGUGCUGGGCCGCGGGCGCCUUCGAGGGCAGCGUCCCGCACGGCCUCCAGGGCGCCGGCCCCGCCGGCCCGCCCCGCCGCGGAGCCUCGCUGGUGUCCGGCUUUCUGGAGGAGCUCCCCGGCGAGGGCCGCGAGUGCGUCAACUGCGGGGCCCUGUCCACACCGCUGUGGCGCCGGGACGGCACCGGCCACUACCUGUGCAACGCCUGCGGCCUCUACCACAAGAUGAACGGGGUCAACCGGCCCCUGGUGCGGCCACAGAAGCGCCUGUCCUCCUCCCGCCGCGCCGGCCUCUGCUGCACCAACUGCCACACGACCAACACCACGCUCUGGCGGCGCAGCGCGGACGGCGAGCCGGUGUGCAACGCCUGCGGCCUCUACAUGAAGCUGCACGGGGUCCCGCGGCCGCUGACCAUGAAGAAGGAGAGCAUCCAGACAAGGAAGCGGAAGCCAAAGAGCGUGAGCAGCACCAAGGGCCCCUCAGGGCCCAUGGGUGGCACCGCGGCCUCCACGCCAGCCCCUGGCCCCGACCCCGAGAGCUCGGGGACCACGUUGAAGCCUGAGCCCUGCAUGGCCUCACCUUCCUGCUCAGGGUCCAGUGUCGCCUCCCAGGCCUCUGGGCAGCUGGACGACCCCCUGGCCCCCGGCCACUUGGAGUUCAAAUUUGAGCCUGAGGACUUUGCCUUCCCCUCCACGGUCCUGAGCCCCCAGGCUGGCCUCGGAAGGGCCCUGUGCCAGGAAGCCUGGUGUGCGCUGGCCUUGGCUUAGGCCCCUGGCACCCACAGGACCCACUUCACUGCCCGCUUUGCUCCAGCACAGAGAUCUCCAGGCACCCCCGCCAGAGACACUGGAGCCCGCAGGACCUUGAGGCACCAGGUGUCGCUCAGCACGGCGGCAGGCGGG